AUGCAGCUGUCUUCCAGUGUGGCUGAACUCAGUUGUGACGAGACGAUGGACCCACCCGCUGAGGACUUCCAGCAGGUCCUGUCCAUUGACCAAAUCCGCUCCAUCCGUGCCAGCAACAACUACGUGGAGAGACCGGCCGUCUGCUUCCAGCAAGCCCGCUCCAACCCAUCCCUGUCCCAGCCACCACACAAGCAAGAGUGGUCCCAGGACCGCCUGGUGUCUUCCACCUUCCAGGACCUGCACCGCAGCCACAGCCAACAGCACCAGAUGCCACCUUUGCAGCAACACAUGAGCCAUUCCAGCACGGCCAGCUCCGUCUCCCAAAGCACCACCGCCUCCGACCAGCGCCUCCUGAGCAGCCUCACGCCUUCCCACUCCGGGCAUUCCCUCAUCCGGACGCAGCCCCAGGCCGGCGAGCUGAAACCGGAGGAGUCGCCGCUGAAGGGGGUGGCGGAGAAGCCCACCCUCCACACCGGCCACCUCUUCAUCUGCGAGGAGUGCGGGCGAUGCAAGUGCGCCCGCUGCACGGCCGCCCGCAGCCUGCCCUCCUGCUGGCUCUGCAACCAGCGCUGCCUCUGCUCCCCCGAGAGCCUCCUCGACUACGGGACUUGCCUCUGCUGCGUCAAGGGUCUCUUCUACCACUGCUCCACCGACGACGAGGACACCUGCGCCGACGACCCCUGCUCCUGCGGGCCGGGGUCCUGCUGUGCCCGCUGGGCUGCCAUGAGCUUCCUCUCUCUCCUCAUGCCCUGCCUCUGCUGCUACUUUCCUACCCUGGGGUGCCUCAAACUUUGCCAGCGGGGUUAUGACGGCCUGAAACGACCCGGCUGCCGCUGCCAGAGCCACACCAAUACGGUCUGCAGAAAGAUCUCCUCCUCCAGCGGCACGCCUUUCCCCAAGACGCUGGAUAAGCCGGUAUGA